AAAAGCAUUUUUUUUUUUGCUGUUAUUGUUGCUGUUGUUGACGCGCAUCCGUCCGUCUUUUCUGUCUGGAUUACAGUUUAUUUUCGUCAGACCAAGCCGGAUCCAUGAAUGUUUGAAUGAGUCUAAAGUAACAAUGCCAUCAGUGGGAUCUGAUUGGGCAGCACUGUAGUGGGUCAGUCUACAAACUUUUAUCCCACAUUGUAAUGAGGCCACAGCGAUGCUGACAUCCCAGCUGAAUCCAAAGACAUCAUCAUGCUGAAGACGGAGGCCUCGGGGGAGAGGACCAACCUCCGGAGUGCGUCCCCCCACCGUAAUGCCUAUCGGGCUGAGUUUCAGGCACUCAAGAGGGCCUUUGACCAGCCUCGGAUCGAUGGAGAUUUUAAGCCCAAAGACUUGGAACACGUGAAACAACCUAGAGGGCGUCAGUAUGGCGCCCAUGUCAGCCGCAUUAAGGACAUGUUCAUGCAGAUGGGCUCAGAAAAUGCAACAGCCAAUACAAGGGGCCGUGAUGACUCAUCGCUGCAAAAGCUGGUUAAGCCCACCAACUUCAUCAACAAGGCAGAUAGGUCAGUGAUAAGACUCCAACACUCCUCAUCAGCGGAAAGGAUUGGAGGUGCAGGAGCAAAGUUCUCUGAAACCAGAAGGUUGUUUGAACAGCAGUCACGUGAUCAGUCCCAAUCACCAGUUUUUCCCUAUGUACGAGAUAAAAGGGGUUCUCAUGAACACCUUGAUGAAUGGCGAGGUGCAAGGUCUAAUCGAGGCAGUACAGACUCCUUGGACUCACUUUGCUCCAGGACAGAGGCUUCAUCACCAACUGUUAGUCAACUCAGUGCUGUUUUUGAAAAUGCUGACCAACACAACCAGGGUGUGUCCUACAGAGGAGUCACCAGACGGGCCUUGUAUUCACCUGAUGGUUUCCAGCGUUAUGGAGGUGACGUUAGCGAGGAUGAUUCUUGGCGUUCGCCAACUCAUGGAAGCUACCAAAGCAAAACAGAGGGCAAGCUUCCUACAUCUUCAUCCUCUGAAGAUGUCCUGAGUCCAAGUCCUGCUGCACAGACAGUGGAGGCCACAGCAGUUCAAGCAGAAGAACCUCAGAACAAAGCAGAUCAGGGUUUUGAGGCUACUGGUGGAGAAAGGCAGAGCUUAUCUAGGGCCAGUCCCAAUGGAAGCCAGGUCAAUGGUUCCUGUGAAGAAGAGGACAGACCUUCAGAAACCAAAAAACAUAUUGAUGAUUGUGGGUUGCCCAAAGCUUCAAAACCUACAGAUGAUGCUGUGAUUAUUGACAGAGCUUUCAACGAUUCUACCCCUGAGACAGUACAGAUCCCAACUAUGUCUAUGCGGGGAAGUCAGGAGGAAAAAGCUACUUCAAGAGAAGACAAGCCCCCCGAAUCUCCGAAGGACCAAGCGGAAGAACCUGUUGAGGAGUACACAGGGAAUGAGCAGAUUGUUUUUAACGCCGAUGGUGAUGCCUGUUACCAGGGUUGGGGGGAAAGUUGCACAGAUCCUGAAGAUGACCUGUACGGAGAUGAUGAGGAUAUUGUCUAUGACCCGGGCUCUGAUGUCACAGAGAUUCCCGGUUUACCAGAAGAAAAUAAAGAGGACAUCCCUCCAAAGAGGAAAAUUUGCUUCAGCACCGCUCCCAUCACAGUGUUCAACACCUACUCCAACGAGGACUAUGACCGCCGUAACGAGGAGGUUGAUCCCGUGGCCUCGUCUGCAGAGUAUGAGCUGGAGAAGAGAGUAGAGAAGCUGGAGCUUUUCCCUGUGGAGCUGGAGAAAGACGAUGAUGGCCUCGGAAUCAGUAUCAUAGGGAUGGGCGUGGGCGCUGACGCCGGCCUGGAAAAACUGGGCAUCUUUGUCAAGACUGUCAUCGAAGGGGGAGCUGCCGAGAGAGAUGGCAGGAUCAAAGUGAAUGACCAGAUCGUGGAGGUCGAUGGAACCAGUCUGGUGGGCGUCACCCAGAGCUUUGCCGCCUCCGUCCUCAGGAACACAUCAGGAGUCGUCCGGUUUGUGAUUGGUCGAGAGCGUCCAGGCCAGCAGAGUGAGGUGGCCACGCUCAUCCAGCAGACACUGGAGCAGGAGAGGAGGCAAAGAGAGCUGCUGGAGCAGCAGUACACCCUCUAUGAUGCCGACGAUGAUGAGCAGACUGGAGAGUACGCCACAGAUGGCGAAGAGGCCGGCCCCACGGCGGCAGGCGGCGAGAAGAACAUCGAGGUGUUUGACCUGCCGGACACAGACGACAUCUUGUCUCCCUCUGAAUUAGAUGCCACCAAACUCUACCAGAAGUUCAGAGAGCUCCAGAUCAAACACACAGUGACCGAGGCUGAGAUCCAGAAGCUCAAAAACAAGCUGGCUUCAGUGGAGAGGGAGAAACAGCGGUGGGAGAAGGAGAAAAGCCAGCUGAAGGCCAGCAUCGAGGAGAACAAGGAGAGGAUGUUGAAGCUGGAGAGUUACUGGAUCGAGGCACAGACCCUCUGCCACACCGUCAACGAACACCUGAAGGAGGCCCAGGCCCAGUACCAGGCACUCGAGAAGAAGUACAACAAAGCCAAGAAACUCAUCAAAGACUUCCAGCAGAAAGAGGUGGAGUUUAUUCAGAAAGAGGAUGCUGAGAGGCGGCGUCUGGAGGAGGCUGAGAAAGCUCACCUGGCUGAGAUCCAAGGGCUGCAAGUCAGGAUUGCAACAUUAGAGUCUGAACUAAUGCAGCUGAUGAAGCAGAACGGCAUCCAAGUCAACAACAACAACAACAGCAACAACGCCGAGCGGCUCAGCGCUCCACCGCACAGAGCUCCACCGCACAGAGCUAACACAGACAUGAGCAAAAAGAAGAGUGACAGAGGAGUCACUCAAGGCAGCAUCCGCUCUGCAGAAGGAGAGGUCUCGCAGGGACACAACAGCCAAGAAGGAUCCCCCAGACCAGCGCUGCAGCCGCCGUCUGCCCCGGAUGGUUCUCCAUCUUCUGCGGUGUCAAACCCGUCUGUCCGUCUGGAGGAGAACAGGUCGGUCCUCCCCAAAGCCACAGUGAAGGACACAGACCGCAUAACAUCACAUGGAAACAGCUCCACAGAGCCAUCAGCAGAGGACAGUCCAGAGAAACGCAAGGCCAAGGGCUUCACUUUGAGUGAUGAUGUGAGCGCCAGCAGCAGCAGCUCAGCGGAGGUCAGCGGCCUACUGAGUGAAGUCAAGAUGUCGGGGCGCUCAAACCCACUGGUGCUUUCAUCAGACGAGAGUCUGGAUAUGAUAGAUGACGAGCAGAUUUUGGAUGAGGGACACCUCCCACAGCAGUAUCACUGGCAGAACCACAGCGUUAAAGAGUGGACGUCCCAGCAGGUAGCCCACUGGCUCAUGGACCUCAAUCAAGAACAUCAUAUCCCACAAUUCACUGCCAAAAACAUAGAUGGAGAACAGCUACUGCAGAUCAAUAGCACUGAGCUCAAGGCCCUUGGUGUCACUUCUUCCCAGGACCGCGCCCUGAUCAAGAAAAAAAUUAAAGAGCUUAAAGUUUUGAUGGAGAAAGCCAAGAAGAACCGAGAAAAACUGGAGAAACAGCGUGAGAAGCUGCGGAGGAGAGAGUUGGAACAGCAGCAAAAAGAGGCGAGUUCUUAGACCAGUGGACGUUUUACUGUAGCACUGCUACUACCUGUAGCACCUGGAGGAACAGAACGACAACAGGGGCCCUACAACAGAGCCCUGAGGGACACCUGCUCAUGAGCUGUCAGCGGAGGAGCAUCAUGACCAACCGCGACCAAGCAAAUUAAACCAAAAUGAGGAUGCUGCCCCAUCAUUGCCUCACUCGACACCAACCGGUGUUUUUUUGUUUGUUUUUAACAUUUACUCAAUCCUAUUUAUUUUCUUGAUUUCUUUUCCUGUACAUUGCGUUAUUUAUUAAUAUCCAGUGAAACAUUCAUCUCAUUAUGGAUGGACUUGUCAGACGUAAUGUACGUAUACAGAUACAAACAUGUCUGACGUGCCAUUAUGACAGACUUCCGUUUGACUGUGUACAUCAACGGAAACUCCACUGUUUUGACACUUGGGGAAAUUAUGAGGCAAUACUCCCGUCACACCACACGGUGUCUCUAUGCUGCUUAUUUUCACUGCUGAAGACGGACAACACUGGAACAUUUCAAUGGGACCUGAAACGGCGGGACGUUUCUUUGGAGAAACGAGGUCUAUCAGUACGUGGAGAGACACUGAAAGUGCAAACACUGUAAAUUCAGCCUCAGCGCCGGCUCGUCCAGCGCGCCUUACGUUGCACAUGUACCACACAGUACGAAAGCAGUUCUCAGCAUACGAACCCCAACAAGGACAUCCCCAGUGAACUGGUAGGAUUGUUGGAAACUUCAGGUACAAUGUAGUCAUGAAUUUGUAACUUACCAGUCCAUGACAAAAUGAAACCCCACCCCUUCUGCUCAUAUGCAUAAUGUUGCUACGGCUCUGCUUCUAACCUGCUUUUAGCCAUUUUAUAACCCCUUAAUUACAACAUACGAAACAGCCAUGUCCUUAGAUAUGAGCUGUCAACAUUUUCUGAGAUUACUGUGGGUGGAAACAGACAGUAAUCAGGUCAGCAAUUUUGCAUUAAAUGUGUAAAAUUUUUAUUUGCCUCGUAGAGCCACGAUGAGUCUUGAAGGUAAGACAUGAUAGCGUUGUCGAGAGUGCUACAGUAGGUACAGUUAAUUUAGUUAAAAUUUUCUUAUAGAACAGGUUCGGAAAUACUGUUUUACUUGUGAGUUAAAAAAAGUAUGCUUUUGAUGGGAUUUUGGACAUAUGUACUUUAUGGUGUAUAUGUUUUAGGAUAAUGUAGCUGACAGACAGACGAAAAGUUUCCUGCAUUACUUUUUAUCAUUCCCAAAAAUCAUUGCGCAGGUUUGCAAUAAAUAUAGCAACAGCAGUGUCACCAUGUUGGAAGUCAAGGCAGCUUUGGACAUUUUGUCCCAUUUCGUCUUCAGGACCCUGCCUGGUGUACUGUUGUGUCAUAACAGUGUAAUAACAGUCACACCAACUUGUUAAUAUUAUUUAUUUUUUGUUAAUAAAGCAACCGACUAUAGUUUAUGAUAAUUCCUACAAAAUAAGAGUGUUAACAUAUCAUAAUAAUUUAUACAGAAUUUUAUUACUUCCUUUUGCCAAAAUAGUUGAACCUGUUUAUUAAAAGUGAUUUUGAUUCAGAACGUCAUCAAACGAACUGACAAAGGUUUGGAAUGACUUGACUUGGGAUUGCAAAGUGAGAACAACUUCAAGGGCACUGACACAUACAUUUGAACCAUUUUAGUAGCUGCAUCGCCAUCCUCUGGUAGGUGGGUUGAACUUCGCAUGCUUUGAAGAAAACUAAGAACAUGCACUCACAUGACAGUUCGCCGGAACCCUGCCAUAGGCGUGGGUCAUUAUAAGUUCCCAUCCCGCUCGUGGUUGUAAUUUUCUUCUUCUUCUUCUAUGCCGAUAGUGCUACUGCGGUCAGACUCCAAAACGCGAUCCCGAUGUAUUCUUAUGAAAUAUUUUGUAAGACUUGAGCCUUUCUGUGAAUACCCUCACCCUGUCAGUCCAUACACAGACUGCACUCUUGACUUUUGUAUGUGUGGUAAAACACUGAAAGCAAUAUGCUGUAA